CUCCAACCUCAACCCCCGACCUGAACGAGGGAGAUACGCCGUUCUCAAAAUCAUAUCACUCUUUUGAGGAUCUAAGCGACCUGGGCAUCGAUCAUGUCGAAUUUCGAGCCGAAUGCCGUGAUUCGCGGCGCCCAGCUCACCAUCGUAGGAACUAUUCGUGUCCUAAAAAACCCCGAGCUCUUCAAGUAUGGCCACUUCCGACAGGCCGCUCUGGCAGUGGCAGUGGGGAUCAUCAUCCAGUUGAUCAUUCAGAUUCCGAUCAUUGGAGUACGAUUCCUUCUCUGGACGACGUCGUUAUUCGUCGACUUACAGAGCGCCUCCUGGGAUGACUCGAUCCUAGAAGGGUUGAACUUCUUGAACGAGUCGGUCCUUCAGGUGCCAUUUCUGCUCAUGACACUGAUGCGUUACGUGACGCCCACCCUGGACGAGAUCUUCAUGCAAUCUCUUCAAUGGGUCGACACGACCUAUGUCGCGAAGCACAAAGCGGAAGACCCUUCCAGUCUGCGUGCUAUGUACUAUCCACAUCUGGUGCAGUACUCCACCAAAGGCGGCACGGGAGUAUCGAAGCCUAUUCCGGAAGCAAUCAUGCUGUUCAUGCGCAGAUACGGACGCAAAGUCGGCAUGAUGCUGGGGGUCUACAUGCUUUCUCUCGUUCCUGUCAUUGGCCGGUUCGUGAUGCCCGCUGCCUCGUUCUACACCUUUCAGUCGGCUGUCGGAACCACACCGGCUGCGGUGAUCUUUGGAACCGGGCUUGUCCUCCCCAAGAGAUUCAUUGUGUCCUUCCUUCACACCUACUUUUCCUCUCGCAGUCUGAUGCGAGAACUGUUGGAGCCGUACUUUUGCCGAAUCCGCUUUGCCCCCGAGCAGAAACGUCGCUGGUUCCUGGACCGAGAAGGCGUCCUGUUCGGCUUUGCGUUCGCUUUCACCGUUGUGCUGAAAACCCCUUAUGUCGGGGUCCUCAUGUACGGCGUAGCUGAAGCGUCCACUGCUUAUUUGAUCACCAAGAUCACGGAUCCCCCACCGAAUCCCGACGAGAGCGAAGGUUUUGCGGAGAGCCAGGUGACUUGGGCCAACAAGCAUGACUUCCUGCAGCUUUCGCUGGAGAACUUGGACAAGAUCAACGAGGCAGCUCUUAAGAGACGUGACGAGAAGAGGACUGAUACUCCUGAUCUUACUCCUAGAAAGUUUGCUUAGCCAUUCGGGGCAAUGUAUAGAUUGUCAACUUGACUGAGGGGAGCCUUAAGUAUGACAUCAAAUUUCGCGGUCUGCCUGCAGUUCGUACCCUUCCUAUGUGCUUGAGAGUGGCAUACAAACCGCAAGCCAAUCACGGCUAGAUACUCUCAAACACCUUCAGUUGUCUCAGUGGGAAGAGGGCAGAGUUUACCAGGAGGACCCAUUUGUGCUAUAUCCCUCGGACGGUAGUCCCAAAAGGUAUUUCUUAUAGGCCGUUAUAGACUUGAUAUCUACACUAAAUUUAUGUUGAGACCUUAUGGUGGGAUCCUGUAUACAGUAUCAGUGGCCCAAGGGAUACCCCUUGAUUAACA